AGGAACCUCUGCCAAUCCUCAACUCACGCGGGCUGCCAGAAUAGGGUGUGGGCUCUGAAACUGGAGAGAGGGACGUCUGCGGACGGAAAAGAAGGGUUGAUCGCAAACAGGACCAUAUUUGGAGCUGAAAUGGAACAAGCAGUUGGCGAGCCAAUGAGAGACCAGGUCACAGGGACAUAUUUCACAGAAGACAUUCCAAAAGCCAAGAAGUGCACAGUGAUUGGAGGCUCUGGGUUCCUGGGACAGCACAUGGUGGAGCAGUUGCUGGCAAGAGGCUACACCGUCAAUGUAUUUGAUAUGCGGCAGGGUUUCGACAACCCCCAGGUGCAGUUCUUUCUGGGCGACCUCUGUAGCCAGCAGGACCUGUACCCAGCUCUGAAAGGUGUAAGCACAGUUUUCCACUGUGCAUCACCCCCACCAUCUAGUAACAACAAGGAACUCUUUUAUAGAGUGAAUUACAUUGGCACCAGGAAUGUCAUUGAAACUUGCAAAGAGGCUGGGGUUCAGAAACUCAUUUUAACCAGCAGUGCUAGUGUCAUCUUUGAGGGCGUUGACAUCAAAAAUGGAACUGAGGACCUCCCUUAUGCCAUGAAACCCAUUGACUACUACACGGAGACAAAGAUCUUACAGGAGAGAGAAGUCCUGGGUGCCAAUGAUCCUGAGAGGAAUUUCUUAACCACAGCCAUCCGCCCCCAUGGCAUUUUUGGCCCAAGGGACCCCCAGCUGGUCCCCAUCCUCAUCGAGGCAGCCAGAAAAGGCAAGAUGAAGUUCAUGAUUGGAAACGGGGAGAACUUGGUGGACUUCACCUUUGUGGAGAAUGUGGUCCACGGACACAUUCUGGCUGCAGAGCACCUCUCCCAAGAUACGGCCUUGGGUGGAAAGGCAUUCCACAUCACCAACGAUGAGCCUGUCCCUUUCUGGACGUUCCUGUCCCGCAUCCUGACAGGCCUCAAUUAUGAAGCCCCCAAGUACCACAUCCCCUACUGGGUGGCCUACUACCUGGCCCUCCUGCUGUCCCUCCUGGUGAUAGUGAUCAGUCCUGUCAUCCAACUCCAGCCCACUUUCACACCUAUGCGGGUUGCACUGGCUGGCACAUUCCACUACUACAGCUGCGAGAAAGCCAAAGAGGCCCUGGGCUACCAGCCACUGGUCACCAUGGAUGAUGCCGUGGAGAGAACUGUGCAGAGCUUCCACCACCUGCGGAGGGUCAAGUGAGGCCCCCGAGACUGGGCCCUCUCACCACAUUUCCCCACCAAUAGCUCUCCCCCAUGGAUCAAUAAACUAACCUCCUUUAAGUGAGUUUAUUCUGAGCUCAGGUCCCUCCUCCCAGUUAGAUAGGAGCACACUUGGCCUUUCCAUGACCACAAGUGGGGCAAAAAAAGCAGACAUUUCUCCCUUUGUAGGAUCAGAUUUGGACUUCUUUUAGCAGGCAGCUUUGUAUUCUACUGUUUUCUGUUCUCCCAUUCCCCCUCUCUCCUGGGUUCCUUAUCAUUCCACUGCCCUUGUACAUAAUCACGGAAGCUUUAGGGAAGAAACAACCCCUUUACUAAUUGAGGAUGGAGAACUAGAUUUAUUUCCACGCAAACCAAUACAAGAGUAGAAGCCACAGACUGUUCAAAGAGCCACAUAUUGCAAAUAUCCUAGAGGGAAAACAGAAGUUAGAAACAUAUGGUGAGACUGCAAGUGUACAUUUUAAAUAGAGUUUAGAGCAAACACUUCUAAAAAGCUUAUGCAUCUGUAACCCUCCCCCUCAAUUCCUGGUUCCCCUCACAUACUUCCAAGUUCUCUCAGGCCCAGCUGCAGUGCCUGCCUGCAUUGUUUUUUCAUAAAACAUUCUGUCAUGGACACAUUUCACUUUAUCAAGUGUCCUGUUAUCCUUCAUGGCAUGCCAUGGUCUGCCCCUGUGGGAUGCUAUUUCAGGUCUUUGGCUACUCUGACUGACGUAGGACAUCUAGCUGCUUGACAGUGAGGUAUCGGAAAGGUCGGACAGAAGAGAGCCUCCUUUAUGUGCUUGGAGUUUAGGCAGAAACUCCAUUAGCUGGUGUAGAAAGGCCAACCCCCUCAUAGAACCCUUCACACUCACAGAACCCUUCCAGCCAAUUUCCAGAAGGCCUAGCACAUAUAAUGACUCAGUUUUCUCUAUUUUCUGGUGACGUUCUGUUUACAGAACCUGGUUUCUUAAACUAAUUGACAUGUAAUCUUAAAAACUUCUGUUUUCUUCUCUACCUUUGUCCUAAGUUGGGGAGGCUGGAAUAAAAACAUCAUACAUGCUA